UUACGCUCGCUGCCUCUCCUUGUUUCCUACCAACGCUUGAUCGCUCGCCAUCUCAUCGCACAGCACUCCACCACCACCACCAAUAUGCCGAGUCAAGGCUAUGAAAGGGUAUCCGCCCACGACCAGGAGGACUCGCCCGUCACGUCUCCAGCAGCGCACCAGCAGUGGCCGCCUGCGUCGCCGCCCCCUUCCUUCCGCUCCAGAGCAUCAUCACCCAGCCAGGCAUCGCGACGCCUCUUAGCCGACGACCCGCUGACCAACGACCAAGACGGCACCCUGGCCGACACAUUCGACUCGGACUCGGAUGACGACGAGGACAGCGAUGGGCGCGAUGAUCGCCAGCGCCUGAUGCGGGGGAACCCGAGGACAGACGACGAGCAGACGCCGGUUGCGCCGGGUAUGCCGAGGAGGGUCACAGAGCUGCCCGUAUUCAACACACCAGCGCCGAGCAGUGGGCGCGUCUACGGUGGAGGAAACGGCGGUGUAUGGGCAAAUUUGAGUGCGAAGCCGACGAGGGGCGAGGACGCGGAAGAGAAGCCUCCAACAUACGAACAAGCUGCCGCAGACGCAACUCCGCCCUAUUGGGAAACCACCAUCCUCGCUCCCGGCACCUUCGGCGAUGAGGUCUUUGUCGAAGGUCUCCCCGUCGGCUCCCUCUUCAGCUUCAUCUGGAAUGCCAUGAUCUCCAUGUCCUUCCAACUCGUUGGUUUCCUCCUCACCUACCUCCUGCACACUACACAUGCCGCCAAAAAUGGUUCGCGCGCCGGUCUCGGCAUCACCUUGGUUCAGUUCGGCUUCGGUUUCCGCUCGGCCGUCUUGAGUCCAAGUAACGGUAGCAACGACAACCCGGGACCAGGUUUCGACGGCGGCGUACCAACUGAUCCAAAUGCGCAUGACUUUGACCCGAAUUCAGUGGCUAGCCCGACUUCGGAUGGGGCGGAUCUGACCCCUGCGGCGAGUGCCAUUACCGGUAGCGACUGGAUAGCGUAUGGCUUGAUGAUUGUCGGAUGGUUCAUCUUGAUCAAAAGCGUGUCAGACUUCAUCCGCGCAAGGCGGCACGAACAACUAGUGCUGCAAUCUCCAGACCGUGGACUCGGUGUUGCUGUUAUCGCAGAAGGGGAGAGCCCCGAAAGAAGCGUAUAG